GCUCCUUCUGGGGGCGGGGGGCUUGGGCUGGCUGCGCAGGCGCACAGGUACCAUUUUGACCGUAAACAUCCUGCCGAUUUGAACCGAGGAUUUGGGCGGCAGGAAGAGCCGCGGCGUAACGGCAGCCAUCUUGUUUGUUUGAGUGAAUCGGAAAGGAGGCGCCGGCUGUGGCGGCGGCGGGAGCUGCUCGGAAGCUACACCUCGCAAGGGCUCCCCCCUUUCCCCGCCCCCUCCCCCGACCCUUUUCCCCUCCCCGGGCCACCCAGCCCGCCCAACUCCCAGCGGAGAGCAAGGUUUUCUUCUGUUUUCAUAGCCAGCCAGAACAAUGUUCUACGCACAUUUUGUUCUCAGUAAAAGAGGGCCUCUGGCCAAAAUUUGGCUAGCGGCCCAUUGGGAUAAGAAGCUAACCAAAGCCCAUGUGUUCGAGUGUAAUUUAGAGAGCAGCGUGGAGAGUAUCAUCUCACCAAAGGUGAAAAUGGCAUUACGGACAUCAGGACAUCUCUUACUGGGAGUAGUUCGAAUCUAUCACAGGAAAGCCAAAUACCUUCUUGCAGACUGUAAUGAAGCAUUCAUUAAGAUAAAGAUGGCUUUUCGGCCAGGUGUGGUUGACCUGCCUGAGGAAAAUCGGGAAGCAGCUUAUAAUGCCAUUACUUUACCUGAAGAAUUUCAUGACUUUGAUCAGCCACUGCCUGACUUAGAUGACAUCGAUGUGGCCCAGCAGUUCAGCUUGAAUCAGAGUAGAGUGGAAGAGAUAACCAUGAGAGAAGAAGUUGGGAACAUCAGUAUUUUACAAGAAAAUGAUUUUGGUGAUUUUGGAAUGGAUGAUCGUGAGAUAAUGAGAGAAGGCAGUGCUUUUGAGGAUGACGACAUGUUAGUAAGCACUACUACUUCUAACCUCCUAUUAGAGUCUGAACAGAGCACCAGCAAUCUGAAUGAGAAAAUUAACCAUUUAGAAUAUGAAGAUCAAUAUAAGGAUGAUAAUUUUGGAGAAGGAAAUGAUGGUGGAAUAUUAGAUGACAAACUUAUUAGUAAUAAUGAUGGCGGUAUCUUUGAUGAUCCCCCUGCCCUCUCUGAGGCAGGGGUGAUGUUGCCAGAGCAGCCUGCACAUGACGAUAUGGAUGAGGAUGAUAAUGUAUCAAUGGGUGGGCCUGAUAGUCCUGAUUCAGUGGAUCCCGUUGAACCAAUGCCAACCAUGACUGAUCAAACAACACUUGUUCCAAAUGAGGAAGAAGCAUUUGCAUUGGAACCUAUUGAUAUAACUGUUAAAGAAACAAAAGCCAAGAGGAAGAGGAAGCUAAUUGUUGACAGUGUCAAAGAGUUGGAUAGCAAGACAAUUAGAGCCCAACUUAGUGAUUAUUCAGAUAUUGUUACUACUUUGGAUCUGGCACCGCCCACCAAGAAAUUGAUGAUGUGGAAAGAGACAGGAGGAGUAGAAAAACUGUUUUCUUUACCUGCUCAGCCUUUGUGGAAUAACAGACUACUGAAGCUCUUUACACGCUGUCUUACACCGCUUGUACCAGAAGACCUUAGAAAAAGGAGGAAAGGAGGAGAGGCAGAUAAUUUGGAUGAAUUCCUCAAAGAAUUUGAAAAUCCAGAGGUUCCUAGAGAGGACCAGCAACAGCAGCACCAGCAGCGUGAUGUUAUCGAUGAGCCCAUUAUUGAAGAGCCAAGCCGCCUCCAGGAGUCAGUGAUGGAGGCCAGCAGAACAAACAUAGAUGAGUCAGCUAUGCCUCCACCACCACCUCAGGGAGUUAAGCGAAAAGCUGGACAAAUUGACCCAGAGCCUGUGAUGCCUCCUCAGCAGGUAGAGCAGAUGGAAAUACCACCUGUAGAGCUUCCCCCAGAAGAACCUCCAAAUAUCUGUCAGCUAAUACCAGAGUUAGAACUUCUGCCAGAAAAAGAGAAGGAGAAAGAGAAGGAAAAAGAAGAUGAUGAAGAGGAAGAGGAUGAAGAUGCAUCAGGGGGCGAUCAAGAUCAGGAAGAAAGAAGGUGGAACAAAAGGACUCAGCAGAUGCUUCAUGGUCUUCAGCGUGCUCUUGCUAAAACUGGAGCUGAAUCUAUCAGUUUGCUUGAGUUAUGUCGAAAUACGAACAGAAAACAAGCUGCCGCAAAGUUCUACAGCUUCUUGGUUCUUAAAAAGCAGCAAGCUAUUGAGCUGACACAGGAAGAACCGUACAGUGACAUCAUCGCAACACCUGGACCAAGGUUCCAUAUUAUAUGAGGAGCUAGAAGCAUUAUAGCUAGUGUUUGAUUCACUAGUGCUUACAAAUUGCCCCCAUGUGUAGGGGACACAGAACCCUUUGAGAAAACUUAGAUUUUUGUCUGUACAAAGUCUUUGCCUUUUUCCUUCUUCAUUUUUUUCCAGUACAUUAAAUUUGUCAAUUUCAUCUUUGAGGGAAACUGAUUAGAUGGGUUGUGUUUGUGUUCUGAUGGAGAAAACAGCACCCCAAGGACUCAGAAGAUGAUUUUAACAGUUCAGAACAGAUGUGUGCAAUAUUGGUGCAUGUAAUAAUGUUGAGUGGCAGUCAAAAGUCAUGAUUUUUAUCUUAGUUCUUCAUUACUGCAUUGAAAAGGAAAACCUGUCUGAGAAAAUGCCUGACAGUUUAAUUUAAAACUAUGGUGUAAGUCUUUGACAAGAAAAAAAAAAAAAAAACACUUCUUUCCAUCAGUAACACUGGCAAUCUUCCUGUUAACCACUCUCCUUAGGGAUGGUAUCUGAAACAACAAUGGUCACCCUCUUGAGAUUCGUUUUAAGUGUAAUUCCAUAAUGAGCAGAGGUGUACGCGAAAUUGUGUUAUGACUGAUAACCUUCAGCUACAAAAAGAUAGGACUGACCUGGUUUAAAGUGUUCUAUUUUGUAAAUCAUUCCAUUUGAGUGUUUCUGAUGAACUUGGCUAUCCUGAAAUCUGUUAUUUUAGUGAGGCUCCAAAAUGAGCAAAGCUAGGCCUGAUUAGAGUAGAGUGACUAUUAAAAAACAUAACUUUCUAGGAGCUAUAAAUCAAAGUUUUAAAAAGAUGUUUGGAUAUAUUUGAGUAUUCCGAUCAUGAAAACAGAAAUUGCCCUGCCUACUACAAGGACAGACUGAUGGGAAAUUAUGCACCUGGUCAACUUAGCUUUUAAGCAGACGAUGCUGUAAAAACUAACGGCUUCUCUGAUAUUUAUUGUAAGUUUUAGUACUGAUCUCCUUUUCCAGUGCUGCACACUCCUGUGUUUGGAACUUUAAUAGCGUUGCAACGAAAUCCUAUAUCCAGUUUCCUGUAAUUUAAUUGAAGAAAAAUACAUCCAAAUAAAGACUUUAUUAUUAACAGACCAGAUAGCAUCAGAAAUCAUGUGACUGUUAUGAUUAUCAGAAUAUGUCUUAACUUUUUAGGGCAAAGUUAACACUGAAAGUUCUAGCUUAAGUGUUGAAACUUUUGUGGGAAAAAAAAUCACUUUUGAAACUCAGACUUCAGUGUAUACCCAAUAAUUUAAAAUUAUGUGAAAUGUUUUAAAUUUGUGAACUCGUAAUUAGUGUUUUAAUGAUUCAGUUUCUUCAGAGUGGUAAUUGUAUAAAAUUGCUAUUGCAGCUUUAUAUUCAAUAUGAUGUGCCUGUAAACCAAGGAGUUUUCCCCGUUUGUAAAAAGACAUUGUAGAUAAUUGAAUGUUUGAUUUUAGAAAGGUCAUUAGUUUCUUGUUACACAUUUUGUUAGUCUGGUUUUUGUUGCUUAUCGGGUUUAAUAUUGUUCUUGAAAAUAGUUGAUGCUAUGUUAUGUAUAACUUUUCUAAUAAAAGUUGUGUUAUAAGCUGUA